UGCGCAGAUAAAAACAAAACUGAAUUGUUUGGUGACAUAAUUGUAUGUUGCAGUGUUGAAUUGAAGCAAACCAAAGUUCAAAAACCAGAAAAAAACCAAAAGAAGUAAUUGAAAAAUCGAAUAUCGAGUUGAAGUGCCGUACUGAAAAUUGAAGUCCAGUGACACGAUCGAAUCCCUCGGAUAGCGGAGUUAGUUUAGCCCCCCGAAUUCGAGUCCCCGCACGUUGUACACCUGGUUUUUCUCGCUGGCAACGUAGUCGGCCAUUGAGUUGGCCGAUACCAAACGACCUUCAAAACGUUUUGCGUCGAGGCAAUACGCACCAUGGGCUGCGCACAGUCUGCCGAGGAGCGAGCCGCAGCCGCCAGGAGUCGCCUCAUCGAGCGCAAUCUCAAGGAGGACGGCAUACAGGCGGCAAAGGACAUCAAACUCCUGCUGCUGGGUGCCGGUGAGUCGGGCAAGAGCACAAUAGUCAAACAGAUGAAAAUCAUUCACGAGAGCGGCUUCACUGCGGAGGACUUUAAACAAUAUCGACCGGUUGUCUACAGCAACACAAUACAAUCAUUAGUUGCAAUAUUGCGCGCGAUGCCAACCCUAAGUAUUCAGUACAGCAAUAACGAGCGGGAGAGCGAUGCCAAGAUGGUGUUCGACGUGUGCCAACGCAUGCACGACACCGAGCCCUUCUCGGAGGAGCUGCUGGCCGCCAUGAAACGCCUCUGGCAGGACGCCGGUGUCCAGGAGUGCUUCUCGCGCAGCAACGAAUACCAACUAAACGAUUCCGCAAAAUAUUUCCUGGACGAUUUGGAUCGGUUAGGCGCCAAGGAUUACCAGCCAACUGAACAGGAUAUCUUGCGCACUCGCGUCAAGACCACUGGCAUCGUUGAGGUUCACUUCUCCUUCAAAAACCUCAACUUUAAAUUGUUUGACGUGGGCGGACAGCGCUCGGAGCGUAAGAAAUGGAUACACUGCUUCGAAGAUGUCACGGCGAUCAUUUUCUGCGUGGCCAUGUCCGAGUACGAUCAAGUCUUGCAUGAGGAUGAAACCACGAACCGCAUGCAAGAGUCGUUGAAACUGUUUGACUCGAUCUGUAACAACAAAUGGUUCACGGACACCUCGAUUAUUCUGUUCCUGAACAAGAAGGAUUUGUUCGAGGAGAAGAUUCGCAAGAGUCCCCUGACGAUUUGCUUCCCCGAAUACACAGGUGGACAGGAGUACGGCGAGGCGGCUGCUUACAUUCAGGCUCAAUUUGAAGCGAAAAACAAAUCAACCUCAAAAGAAAUCUACUGCCACAUGACGUGUGCCACAGAUACCAAUAACAUUCAGUUUGUAUUCGAUGCUGUCACCGAUGUCAUCAUAGCAAACAACCUGCGCGGCUGUGGACUGUACUAAGAUGGAUUCCAGGCCGGAUCCCGACGAUGUCGACGUCCGAGUCGAUGUUGAUGAUGAUGACGAUUAUGUGAAGCAGAAUGGGGGCGUUAGCAGGGAACACCGUAACGGUAUUAAAGAGCAGCGCGGGAGCACAACAACCCACCAGCAUUGAUCAAAAACCAAACAAUUUAGGAGCAGAUGAUAGAACCAACCAACCAACCAACCGCAACCACACAGAAAACAUAGGACACUGAACAAGCAAAGCCCAAAGAACUUUUAUUUGUUUAACAAAAAAACGGCGGACGGACGGAAAUCCCGAAUGGAUGUUAUAGGGGAAAUGAGCGACAAGUACAUUACAUAAUAUCGAUAAUAUUGAAGCAGAUGCAGAUGCAGAUACACACAAUGCUAAUGAAGAUCAGGGCGACAAUGACAAAAUGAGGCAGCAGGCAACUGACACAUGGACACGCGAUUAAAGUCACAUCUGAAUAAAACGGCAGUUGAUUGAAAGGCAUUUCCUAUAUACAAACAUAUACAAACACAUACAUAUGCAUUAUGCAAAGCCACAUGUACGACAUGACACUAACACACUCACACGACAAACACAAGCGCCAGCAUUGCAUACAGUUGUUGUUUGGUCUGAAUAAUUUUUAUAGAAUUUCAUAAUUUAUGUGUAGUUUAGUUUCCUCAUGUAUUUAUUAAACAAAAACCAAACGAGCGUAUAUCUACAUAUACCGCAUAUAUAUAUACAUACACUUCUAUACAUAUAUAUAUAUACAUAUAUAUAAAUAUUAUAUAUUAAAUGUUUCCUGUUGCAAUCUCUCUUUAAAAUUAUUCAUGCCAUCAACGCUCUGCAUUUGUCAUGCUUGUUUAGACUUAAGUUCGAAAGUUUCAACAAAAUCCAGCGGCAAAGGAAAUAUCAAUAUUCAUUUGAUUGAGUGUCAGCGUGUGGUCUAAAGUAAAUAUAAAAUAACAAACCAAAAGAGGAAAAAAAAAACAAAUAAAAUGAAAUGAAAAGAAACGAGGAAAGGAAAAAACACAAAAUAUGGAAAGCAAAAUCUUAAACGUUAAGUAAAAUUUAAAGAUAAAUGAAACGGAUAUAAAAUCUAUCUAUUGUAUUUACAAGAACAAAAACGAAGCAAAACUAAACUAAAAUCCAGAUAAGAGUCAAGUAAAGCAACGCGUAUGUGGCCACUUAACUAACUUAUGUAAAGAGCAGCAGUAGCAGCAGCCAUCGAUAAUUGAUUGAUAUACUUCAAUGUAAAUUGUACUUUGUUGAGUUUACGUGUAUAGGAGAAGUUUAGCUGGCAAACACACAAACACGAACACAAGCGCAUACUGAACACAAACUAAAUAUAAUUUCCUUCACUUAUUGAGCUGAUUUGUUGUAACUUACAAUGAUUUGUGGCAUUUAUACGAGGAGCAGGGCAAAUCAGCGAUCAUCAAACACGCAAUUCAACUUUGGCGGCGCACAAAAGCAUGCUAUAUAUUUUUGCCAUAUCUACGCACACCCACACACACAGAAUAUGAAUCAAAAUGAAUGGAACGCAGAACUCAAAUCUCCCACAAUGAAACUAAGGAUUGUAUGUAAUAAUAUAAUAAUUUAUAAAUUCUACAUUUAAUGAUUAAAACAUCUUCAUACAUGUACCUAUGUAUGUGACUGUAUCUAGCGAAUGGCAUUUAACCCCAAGUAUGUUGAAUUGUUUGAUUAGACUUAUUAUUAUAAUUAUUAUGUAUAUGCUUUGUAUGUAUGUAUUUUGUGCAUUUUGGUUUUACAUAACGAUUUAGCUGCAAUGAAUUUAUAUUGUUAUUUUAAUAGUAUUUCUUUUGUAUCUGCCCAGUUCACUACUUCUCUCCUCCACCUCCUUCUCCUCAUCCCUUGCGCAAAUAUCCUCACUUGUGCUCUUGCUCUAGUUGGACGGAAAUCCAUUUAUGUUUUAUAGUUUUUAAGCCUAAUUUAUGUAAACGCACACAAAAACACACACAACUUAAACAUCAACUAAGUAAGUUUAUUAGCGAAAUAAAUAUUAUUUAACAUUCAAAAAGAACAAAGAACAGAAGAGUAAGGACAAUUUGCGAAAAAAAAGCGAAACCACAUAGUUUCGACUUUUAAUUGGCAACCCCAGCAGAUCCAGUGAAACUUUUCAAAAGUUGUGUUGGCCACAAAGUCCGUACAAUUCCAAGAUUUUAUAUACCGAUCAGCGAACAUUCACUUCUACGCAUUUACUUAGGUCAGCCAACACUUUCCCAUUUCCAUGACCCCACCCGACCUCUACUAUAUCCUGGCCCAAUCAAAUACUGUAAUAUUUAAUACGUAUGUAUUUCCAUUCAACUUGUAAAAUUCUACCAAAAA